AUGGCGCGGCUAUUGUCAUUCCUUCUCUUCCUUUUCUCUGGUAUCCUUGCCUCCGCGUCCACCGACUACCAUGAGCAACUGAACCUACGACCACUGCCCCUGUCGGGCUUGCUCGCGAGCUUCAACUUUCGAUCCAAUAUUACCGUCGACGACUUUGAGACACAAAAUUUCAGAAUCUUCCCCAGGUCACUUGCACAAAUUCUACAAUAUGCUGGUACCCGCGAGCUACACUUGCGAUUCGCAUUGGGGCGCUGGGAUACGGAGACGUGGGGAGCCCGGCCGUGGGAUGGGCGCAAGGAGGGUGGACAGGGAGUUGAGCUCUGGGCAUGGCUGGACGCGCAGACAGACGAAGAAGCCGACAAGAAAUGGCUUAUCCUUACCAAUGCGCUGUCUGGGCUGUUCUGCGCCAGUCUCAACUUUAUCGACGAAACAAGAACCAUACGCCCAGUCAUGUCUUUCCAGCCCGAAGGCGACCACUCGGACGCCAUACUCGCCAACACGCGACUAUUACAUGGAGUGCUACCGCAUGAGGUUGUUUGCACAGAGAAUCUAACGCCAUUUUUGAAGUUGCUUCCAUGCAAGGGCAAGGCUGGCAUUGCGAGCUUGCUCGAUGGUCACAAGCUAUUUGAUGCCUCCUUUCAAAGCAUGGCUAUUGAUGUGAAGCCAAUUUGUGAUGCUGAGGGGAAGUGUGUCUUGCAAAUGGAGGAAACCAUUGACAUGGUCCUUGACGUCAACCGAUCAAAGCGACCCAGAGACAACCCGAUACCGCGACCACCCAACGAAGACGACCUCGUAUGCGACACAUCUAAGCCCUACCAUGCGCACGAUACCUGCUUCCCCGCUGAUCACCUGCUUGGCCAAGACUGGACACUAUCACAAGUGUUUGGUCGACCAAUGCAGGGAGCUUGCCCACUCACCGACGCUACUGUGCCUCCCAUCUGCUUGCACAUUCCCCAUUCGCGAAGCGUGUACUCUUCCGAGGGAUCGCACGAGAUCAAGGAUGCGGAGAAGCCCAAACGGUGCUACAAUAUCCCUGCGGAUGGCGAAUUUACCCUCGUUUUGACGCAGCCAGACGUUGUGGCUGACGGCAAGGGCCUGGAGAUUAAUGAGCCCGAAACGCCGGUAUUGUUUGCUGAACGGAGCUUGACUGGCUAUGGCCAAGAACGUGGCGGCGUUCAGGCCAUUCUUACCAACCCCAGCGAUGAAGAGGUCGAGUUUGUCUACAUGGAAUCGCUCCCUUGGUUCAUGCGCAUUUACCUCCACACACUCUCCACACGGAUAUCGUCUACUGGCUCCACGGCUACAGGCAACAAUGCCAGCGACAUUAUCAAAGAGAUUUACUAUCGCCCGGCUCUUGAUCGCGAGCGUGGUACGCAGCUGGAGCUUCUUGUCCAGAUUCCACCCCGUUGCACCGUUUUCCUCACCUAUGAAUUUGAGAAGUCCAUCUUGAGAUACACAGAGUACCCCCCUGAUGCAAAUCGCGGGUUUGAUGUGGCUGCCGCCGUCAUCACGACCUUGAGACCAAAGGCCAUGAGCCUGCGCACCACUGGUUUGCUUCUUUACCUGCCUACUCCGGAUUUCAGCAUGCCGUACAAUGUCAUCAUCUUGACGUCGACGGCCAUCGCACUCGCUUUUGGCGGCCUAUAUAACAUUAUUGUGCGCCGCAUGGUGGGCGCAAAUGAGGUAGCGCCAUCGGCCCUGAAGUUGAAACUCGAUAAGCUCAUAUCACGUAUAAAAGGGAAAACCGCAACGGCGUAG